UCUCCCGUUUUGGCCGGGAAACUACCGUAUUUUACCCCUCUUUCCCGCCGUCCUCCCGUAUUACUAUUUUCCCGUAAUUCUCCCGUAUUAAGAAAAAAACAUUCCUCUGCCUCUGCUCCCGUCACUAGCCUCGCGAGAACUGCCACAUGCAGUCGCCUGGGUGGCAGUUGUCGCGAGGUUAGUGACGACAGCGGGUCGAGCGGGAACAACAAACCCGGGACAACAGAGGAGAGAGAUGAAUGAGAUGAUGGAUGAAAGUGAGGAGAGAGAAGGCAUUCCUGCCAAAAAAACAAAGAAGUCAUGUAAAUAUCUAGAAAAAUGGGACAGCGAAUUUACAUUCCUAAAGAGGAGCAGGAUGGGGCACAGCCACGCGUUCUGCAAGAUUUGUAAUUGCGACUUCAGUGUCUCCCACGGGGGAAGGAACGACGUAAGUCAGCACGAGAAAUCAACCAAGCACAACCGCUGGCUAGAGGCACAGAAACAUUCCCAGGCGAUGUCAACAUUUGUGACUAGGAAUACCACCGAGGCAGACCAGGUCAUAAAUGCGGAGGUUAAAAUGGCAAUGUUGUGUGCCAAAAACAACGUUGCUUUCAGCUUCUGUGACGACUUCAACAAGUGCGUAGCUGAAAUGUUCCCGGACUCGGCUAUCGCUCGAAAAUACUCAGCGGGAAAAACCAAGGCUACACAACUCAUCAAAGGUGCCAUAGCAGCAGAGCUAGAUGACGAGUUGGCCAAAACAUGCCGAUCUCAACCCUUUUCCCUGAUGUGCGACGAAUCGAAUAACAGAAAAUCAGACAAAGAAUUCGUCAUCCUGGCUAGACUCUACGAUGAGGCCACCCUGCAGGUCACUACAAAAUUCAUGGAGAUGCCUAUAUGCAACGUGGGAAAUGCAGAAAAUCUGUAUGAAAAGUUGAGUGAAGCAUUAAGAAAAAGAGGCAUCCCAUGGGAGAACCUGAUAGCCUUUAAUUCUGAUAAUGCGAGUGUCAUGAAAGGCAGACACAACUCGGUUAUCAGUAGACUGAAGACCAGCCAGCCCCACGUCCAGGACCUUGGCUGCAUCUGCCACCUAGUACAGCUGGCCACUGGCUGUGGCAUCAGAGCAGCCCAGGUACCAGUGGAAGACAUCCUGGUGGGGAUAUACACCCACUUUGAUAAAAGUGCAAAAAGAUGUGAAAUCUACAAAGAUUUUGUAGAUUUCACUGAUUCAGACCACCUGAAGCUCCUCAGGUACUGCAGCACCAGAUGGCUGAGUCUGUUAACCUGUAUCCAGAGAGUGUUGAACCAGUGGGAUGCACUUAAGGCCUACUUUACCAGUCAUGAGGAGGUGGAGAAGAGUGCCAAAGUGCGUAAUCUGGCAAACCAUCUGUGUGAUCCAAUCGUGAAGACCUACUUCAAGUUCCUGAGUGCUGCCCUGAAGCCUUUAUCUGAAUUCAAUAUUGCCUUCCAGUCAGAGGGAGUACAAAUUCACAGACUUGAAGAGGAGAUGUGCAGACUGAUCAGGAGGAUCCUGGGCUACCUCAUACCAGCCAAGGCCAUGGUGGGUGUACCUCUCAGGGAGGUGGAGUAUGGAGAAGGACAUCAGUUGGCUGAUGAAGAACUCUUUAUCGGAGCAGACACAAAGGCAUUCAUGAGAAGCGAAGAGCUCCCUGUGUCAGCCAAGAAGAAAAUCUUUCAAUCUGUGAGAAGAUUCUAUGAAGCAGUGCUUCAGAAGAUGUUCUCCUCCUUUCCCCUCGACCAUCCACUCCUGAGGGACCUGAAAGUGCUGGACCCUGCUGCUCGCCUCGACAUUACUCCAGGAACAGGUAGAUGUUAGAGUCAGGACUCAGUUCCCCAUUGAUAGAAAGAAUGAAUUAAUGAAAUAUUGCACGGUUUAGAUUUGCAAUGUUCAGUCAAACACAUGUUUUCUUUUACAGUGGAAAGGCUAAGGGCCCUCUUCCCUCAGUUGAACUUGAGUGAGGAUAGGCUGAGAGAGGAACUAAUUGACUACCAGGUGACAGAUAGCAAGCAACUGCCCCAUGAAGACAGAAUUGACAGAUUUUGGGGCCUGGUAGGGAAAGAUGUGAGGUUCAGUGAGCUGCCAAGACUGAUGAAAGCUUUACUAUGCAUUCCCCACAGCAAUGCCAGUUCUGAAAGGGUGUUUAGUAUGGUGAGAAAGAUUGUUACGGAAAAUAGGAUGUCAUUAGACAACAGCACUGUUUGUGCUUUACUGUCAUGUAAAAUAAACCACUCCGGCCCAGCCCACAAAUACACUCCUUCCAAAAAAGUGUUAAAGGAUGCAAAGUCUGCAACAAAUCUGUACAAUAUGUCAUUAGUGAAUGCCAGAGAGCUACUUGAGUAAACAUAAUGAAAUGUAGGAAAUGUAAAUGAAUGAAAAUAAAAUGUAGCCUACAUGUUAAGCUUAAAGACAAGCAAUGUGAAAUAAGCAGUAAAUAUGUAAUGUGUUGACUUGUGAAUGAACUGAAAAUAUGUAAAAUAAAUAAAUGUGCUUCAUAUA